AUGUUUAGAAACAAUUAUGACGGAGAUUCUGUAACUUUUUCUCCAACAGGUAGACUUUUCCAAGUAGAAUACGCCUUGGAAGCUAUCAAGCAGGGUAGUGUGACGGUUGGUGUUAGAUCAAAAAAACAUGCGGUUCUGGUGGCUUUGAAAAGGAACGCUGACGAGCUUUCGUCGUACCAAAAGAAGAUAAUCAAAUGUGAUGAGCAUCUGGGACUUUCUCUUGCCGGACUGGCCCCUGAUGGCCGGGUGUUGAGCAAUUACUUGAGACAGCAGUGCAACUACUCGAGCCUAGUGUACAACCGAAAACUAUCGCUGGAAAAAGCGGGCCAUUUGCUCAGCGACAAGGCCCAGAAAAACACACAGUCGUACGGCGGCAGACCUUACGGUGUUGGCCUGUUGUUGGCCGGCUACGACAACAGUGGACCCCAUUUGCUUGAAUUUCAACCCUCAGGCAACACCCUGGAGCUCUACGGCGCUGCUAUCGGUGCCCGCUCCCAAGGUGCGAAGACGUAUUUGGAAAGAACGUUGAACGAGUAUCUGGAGGUCGAGGAAGCGGAUCAGCUCAUCGCUGUUGCCGUAGAGGCACUCAGGCAGUGCUUGAAAGACGAGUCGCUGAGCACGAAAAACCUGUCGAUAGCCGUGGUAGGCCAAGACAAGCCUUUCAGCGUGCUUGACGAUGAUGCAGUUGCACCAUACCUAUGA